CCGGGUAAAAUUGAGAACAAUUUUCCAAAUUCUCUGAAAUUGAAACUGAGAAAACAACUUUUCCAAUCAAAAUUCAUGUGUUUUAUGGAUAUGUUGAAUUGAAUUAAAGAUGGGAAAGGAUGAACCAGAAAAACUUAUUUAAUGACUGUUGAUGGGUCGGUUUGAGAUUCAGAAAACUAAACGAAGAACAAAAGAAAUAACGGUUGUUGUUGGGUCCGUGAAAUCGAGAUGAAGAACAGGCAGAGAAAGAUGAAUCUGUUGGAGACGAUGAUGGUAUGCAGCUGAAAUUGAAUCGUGGAAGAUGAGCGUGGUGUUGUUGAUGUGAUUUAGUGAAGAUGGGUAAUGGAUCUGAGGGUUUGUGGUUUCUGACAUUGAAGAUUAUGAUUGAUUGAUGGCUAUUUGAGGUUCAGAUUGAUAGUUGAGAGAUGGGUGUAGCUCAAGAACCUAGUUCAUUAUUGUUGCUAUGAAGAUGGAGAUUAAAAUGGGUUUUGUUGCCGGAAAUCAAGACAGAGGAGAUAGGUGGUGUUGAUGAUGGUCAAUGUACAAGAUGAAUGAAGCUGCUGAGUGUUGAAUUGAAAAUGGUUUUACUGUUGGCAUGGAGUUAUCAGCUGAGGUUUGAAACAGAUGGAAUUAGAGAUUGAAUCUGAGAUAAUUCUGACAUCAAACAAGGAAAUGGGUUCGGUGGUACUGCAAUUUACAGAUCGAUAACAAAUAUGAAAUUGAGAUGGAUGGAAUCGCUGCUGCUGGUAGGAGGAUUGAUGGGUUUGUAUGGUGACUUGGGUAUGAUUCAGAAGUGAAGUUGCAGAUGUUUCAUGAUGAAGCCGAAGGAGGCCUGUAAUGGCGGUGAAGAUGUUUCGGUGAUAAUGGUAGAGGAGAAAAACGUCUUUAUGAAGGUUAAAAUCGUAAAAAUGAAACAUAAUACCCUCCCAAUUAGGAUACCAUCAUAUUUAAAACGUCUAUUUUAGGAAACCAGCCUAUUAAAAAAUAAUGGAGGGAGUAAUUCUAGGCGUUUUAAUAAGCCCUCGUUCCAUAAAAAAAUAAAAUAAUAGACCGUAGAGUACUAAACGUUGAAAAUAUGACCAGAAAGUCGGAUGCAAAUUUAUUACAGUAUUGGUUAGAUUCUAUCGAAGUUACGUGAUAACUUGAGUGAGAAUCUCCUCGUUGGAUAUACGUAAUUAUUACUAAUCACGCUUCUUUUUACUUGGAUUAAGAAAAAUGGCCCGUUCAGUUCAUGUAACAGUCAUUCAUUCUGAUUCAGCUACUACCAAGUUUCAGUUAUUAUUCCCCAGCACGUUCUAGUGUGUCUCUCUCUCUCUCUCAAAAACAUAUACAGAGAAACAAAGAAGAGGCACAUCAGUGGUAUCGCAACUUCAGUUCGGCCAUUCUUUUACAGGAAAAACUCCAAACAAGCAGUACAACUUCUUCUCCAAUAUAAUCUCAUCAAACCAAAACAAAACCAGUGUUAGAUAGAUCAUUUUAGUACCCACCACCAACUAGAAAACAAACUCUCUCUCUCCCUAUCAACACACAAAGACACGCAUAGUAUUCUAAUCAAUCUUUCUUUGUGCGGUACUUAUUCCAACUAAUCCCUCCACGUCUAAACCAUUUCUUCUUUAUUUUUAUAUUCCUUUGGUGGAGUUUUCGUGUUUAGUUCCCUUCCCUCUUCUGUACUGAGAUAUACUAUCAUAUCAUAUCACCAUUAAUGGUUGCUCAACUGUUUCUUUGAAAAAGAAACCAAAACAACUUCUUUUGAUUACUUGUUAUACUGAAAUAACUCAUUUCUGGUUGUGGGGUUUCUUUAUUUGUGUUAAAUUCGAAGUAAAAAUGGUUUUUUGAGAUUGGCCCAGACAUGGAUCUGGAAGUUGCCGAGGAUUACAAAAGUAGUACUAUCAAGAAGAAGGAAUCAUGGAGAACUGUAUUAACUUUAGCUUUUCAAAGUUUAGGUGUUGUUUAUGGAGAUUUAAGCACAUCGCCACUAUAUGUAUACAAAAGUACUUUUGCUGAAGAUAUUCAUCAUUCAGAAACAAAUGAAGAAAUUUAUGGUGUUUUAUCAUUUAUAUUCUGGACUCUUACAUUAAUUCCAUUACUUAAAUAUGUAUUUAUAGUACUUAGAGCUGAUGAUAAUGGUGAAGGAGGAACAUUUGCUUUGUAUUCAUUACUAUGUCGCCAUACAAAAAUGAGUUUUUUGCCAAAUUGCCAAGUAGCUGAUGAAGAAUUAUCAGCUUAUAAGAAGAAAGAUUCCGCUGGUCCUCCGGUCAUAAAUAUUGGGUUCACAAUGAAAUCAAUGUUAGAGAAACAUAAAGUUUUGCAGAAGAUGUUGCUUCUUUUAGCUUUAAUUGGGACUUGUAUGGUUAUUGGUGAUGGGGUCCUAACUCCGGCGAUAUCAGUUUUUUCUGCGGUUUCCGGUCUCGAGCUAUCGAUGUCAAAGGAGCAUCACAAAUAUGUAGAGGUUCCAGUUGCAUGUUUCGUGUUGGUAUGCUUGUUUGCGCUCCAACACUAUGGCACCCAUCGAGUAGGAUUCUUAUUUGCACCAAUUACCAUAACAUGGCUUUUCUGCAUCAGUGCAAUUGGUGUGUACAAUAUAAUCCUUUGGAAUCCGCACGUGUAUCAAGCUUUAUCUCCGUAUUAUAUGUACAAAUUUUUGAAGAAGACUCGACUACAAGGUUGGAUGUCAUUAGGUGGAAUACUAUUGUGCAUAACAGGUUCAGAAGCUAUGUUUGCUGAUCUGGGACAUUUCUCGCAGCUAUCAAUCAAGAUUGCCUUCACCUCUGUUGUGUAUCCAUCUUUGAUUCUCGCAUAUAUGGGACAAGCUGCUUACUUAUCUAAGCAUCACAUCAUUGAGAGUGAAUACAAAAUUGGUUUCUAUGUAUCUGUUCCAGAGCGAAUAAGAUGGCCAGUACUUGCUAUAGCUAUACUUGCAGCAGUGGUGGGUAGCCAAGCCAUUAUAACAGGAACCUUCUCAAUUACCAAACAGUGCUCUGCUUUGGGCUGUUUCCCAAGAGUCAAAAUAGUCCACACAUCGUCAAAGAUACAUGGUCAAAUUUACAUACCAGAGAUCAACUGGACUUUAAUGUUACUAUGCUUGGCUGUUACAAUCGGGUUCAGAGACACAAAACGUAUGGGUAAUGCAGCAGGAUUGGCAGUUAUAACCGUCAUGCUGGUCACAACCUGCUUGAUGUCCCUUGUCAUGGUCAUAUGCUGGAACCAGAGUAUUUUCCUAGCCAUUGGUUUCAUAUUAUUGUUCGGAUCUAUUGAAGCACUCUAUUUCUCAGCCUCCCUCAUCAAGUUCCUUGAAGGGGCAUGGGUUCCAAUAGCCCUUGCUUUCACUUUCAUGGUUGUCAUGUAUGUUUGGCACUACGGUACAGUCAAGAAAUACGAGUUUGAUGUGCAAAAUAAAGUCUCCAUCAAUUGGCUACUCAGCCUUGGCCCCAGUCUAGGCAUCGUCCGUGUUCGAGGAAUUGGUCUAAUUCACACAGAACUUGUCUCAGGUAUCCCUGCCAUCUUCUCUCACUUCGUCACCAACCUUCCGGCAUUCCACCAAGUUUUAGUCUUCCUAUGCAUCAAAUCUGUCCCUGUCCCAUACGUUCAGCCUGAAGAACGGUUCCUUGUAGGUAGAAUUGGGCCAAAAGAGUACCGUCUUUAUAGGUGUAUUGUAAGAUAUGGCUACCACGAUGUCCAUAAGGAUGACAUGGAGUUUGAAAGGGAUCUAGUUUGUAGUAUAGCUGAAUUUAUUCGUUCAGGAAAUUCGGACUAUAAUGGAGGUGGAAUGGAAGAGUUUGAGAAAGAAGAUGAAAAAAUGGCUGUCAUAGGGACCUCUUCAAGCUUCAAUGAAGGGGUGCGGAUGUGUGACAAUGAUGAUGAUGACGACCCAGGUGAAACUGCAGGGACAUCAGAACUGAGAGAGAUUCGAUCUCCAAUGGUUCCGAGGAAAAGAGUAAGGUUUGUACUGCCAGAAAACCCGAAGAUCGAUAGGGAUGCAAGGGAAGAGUUGCAGGAUUUAAUGGAAGCAAGGGAAGCCGGGAUGGCAUUCAUACUAGGACAUUCUUACGUAAGAGCGAAACGUGGUUCGAGUUUUAUGAAGAAACUUGUUAUAAACUAUGGGUAUGAUUUCUUGAGAAGGAACUGUAGAGGACCUAGUUAUGCAUGGAGUGUUCCACAUGCAUCUACACUUGAGGUUGGUAUGGUCUACCAUGUUUAAUAGUGUUAUUGCUAUGUAGUUGGAAAUAAUUUACUAUACCGUAUAAAAAUUGUGUCCGGUAUGUAUACUUUGUGCGUGACUUAUCAAACUUCAUCACACACAUUCUGAUUGAUAGAUGAAAUCAACCUACAGAAGUUCCGAAACUAGAAACUCUUAAUUUUGAACUGAAAAGAAAAGGGUUUUGUUA